AUGUGGCUGAAAUGGAAGCGUCCGGUUUCUGUCCGGGCCCGCAGCAAAAGCUCAGCGCCGCUGAUCUGUCGGUCUGUGCGUUGCGGUCCCCUCCUUGCCAGUGUAGCCGGCAGAGCCAAAGAGCGUGUUUGGGCCAGUGUGGCAGCACGGGAUAGUGACCUGCUCCGGUUGCAUGAACUCAAACCCAAUGAACUUGAAAAUUUGCAUCCUGCGCCGUCUCAGCUUGUAUCCUAUGAGCUGAUCAGACAGGUCCUCUUGAAGGAACACGUGCCUUCAAAUGAAGAGAAGCAAAGCAAUGACCUCAUUGCAACAUCUGUUACAGACACUUGGGAUGUGAAUCAAGGAGAUGGGGGUGACAUGUUGCAUAGUGUGCUGGUUCUAAAAAGACAGAAGCUAUUUAAAACUGAAGAGGACGGUGUUUUCCCCGGUGUAAGGCUGGCGUCCCUGGAGAGAGCGGUUGCUGGGGCCGGGGCAGGGACCGAGGUCAGCGGCCGUGGCUACGGGGUGGGGGUGGCAGCCUGCAGCACCCUGGUCAGCGCCCGGCAGCCGCGGGACAGCCCCGACCCCCGCCCCCUGCCCACCGCCGCCUCGCGGUGUGGAGAAGUGGAUUUGGAAGAAAGACUUGGCGAGUUGGAUCUUAGGAAUGAUUCAGAUAUUCCUGAUAUUCCUCCACCAACAGACAGCACUCCAGAAAUCCUCAAAAGGGCUUUGUCAGGCUUGUCUGCCAGAUGGAAAAAUUGGUGGAUUCGUGGAAUUCUCACUCUAGCUAUGAUUUCUGGGUUUUUUCUGACCAUAUACCUGGGAUCAUUUAUGCUGAUGCUUCUGGUCCUAAGCAUCCAAGUGAAGUGUUACCACGAAAUCAUUACUAUAGGUUACAGGGUCUACCACUCAUAUGAUUUACCGUGGUUUAGAUCCCUCAGCUGGUACUUUUUGCUGUGUGUGAACUACUUCUUUUAUGGAGAGACUGUAGCUGAUUACUUUGCUAUGUUUGUUCAGAGAAGAGAGCAGCUUCAAUUCCUAAUUCGUUACCACAGGUUUAUAUCUUUUGCACUCUAUUUAACAGGCUUCUGCAUGUUUGUUUUGAGUUUAGUGAAGAAACAUUAUCGUCUGCAGUUUUACAUGUUCGCAUGGACUCAUGUCACUUUGCUGAUCACUGUAACUCAAUCUCAUCUUGUCAUCCAAAAUCUCUUUGAAGGCAUGAUCUGGUUUCUGGUUCCAAUUUCAAGUGUUAUCUGCAAUGAUAUUACCGCUUACAUUUUUGGAUUCUUCUUUGGCCGAACUCCAUUAAUUAAGCUGUCUCCCAAAAAGACCUGGGAAGGGUUCAUUGGAGGCUUCUUUUCCACAGUUGUAUUUGGAUUUAUUUUUUCCUAUUUUUUGGCUCAACAUCAGUACUUUGUCUGCCCUGUGGAAUAUAACAGUGAAACUAACAGAUUUGUGACAGAAUGUGAACCUUCAGAGCUCUUUCAGAUGAAGAAGUACUCUGUGCCACCAUUGCUUCAAGCUGUGUUGGGAUGGGAAAGAGUGAAUAUGUACCCGUUUCAGAUGCACAGCAUUGCACUGUCAACAUUUGCCUCAUUAAUUGGGCCGUUUGGAGGAUUCUUUGCCAGUGGAUUUAAAAGAGCUUUCAAAAUCAAGGAUUUCGCAGAUACAAUCCCUGGGCACGGUGGGAUAAUGGAUCGCUUUGAUUGUCAAUAUUUGAUGGCCACUUUUGUUCAUGUCUAUAUCACCAGCUUCAUAAGAGGUCCAAAUCCCAGCAAGUUACUGAAACAAUUGUUGAUACUUCAGCCAGAGCAACAACUAAGUGUGUAUAAAACACUGAAAUCUCACCUCACUGAAAAAGGAAUCCUGCAACCAUCUCUGAGGGGGUAG